UCUGAUCUUACUGAAACUUUAUUAGCAAAUGAAGUUUUCUCUAUUAGAUUUAUUUUGUUAAAGUUCUUCUUUUACAUUUUAAAAACAGUUCUGCGCUCAUGGAUCCAGAACACAGACGAAUCCUUGAUGAAAAUAGCAAGGAUUUGUUGGAUAUUGAUGUUGAUUUGUUAAAACCGUAUUUAUUAGAAAAUCGAAUUUUUACUGCAGUCAUGUUGGAAGAUAUCCGUAAUGCUGCCGAUUUGUUUGAGGAACUUCCAUCUAGAGGUCCAAAAGCUUUCAUGAAAUUUAUUAAAGUCUUGAAAAAAGCAAAUUACUUUAAAGAAGCAAAUAAAUUAGAAAACGCAUUGUUGCCUGAAAAAUUUCAAGCUAUCAGUUUAUCCGAUUGCUACGAUAUAUCUUCCGUUCCUCUCGGGUACUGUCUGAUUAUCAAUAAUGUCAAGUUUGAUGUUUCUUACUUAGAAGAUCGUGAAGGCUCUAAUGUUGAUGCUGAUGCACUUUCUAAAAUCUUCCGCAAAAUAGGUUACGACAUUGUGUCAGAAGUAAAUCUUCCUGCUGCUAAAAUGUGGAAUAUUCUUAAGGAAUUUUCCAAAAGGGACUUUACUGACGUUCACUCCUGCAUUGUUUUUAUACUAAGUCACGGUACAAGUAUGGACAACCUUGAUUAUAUUUAUGGUACAGAUGGUGUUUACAUUCCAAAAAUGGAUAUUAUCAAUCUAUUUAAUAAUGAAACUUGUGAAAGUUUAAUUGACAAGCCUAGGAUUUUCUUUUUCCAAGCAUGUAGAGGUAAUGACUCAGAUGGUGGUGUCCCUGUUGGGUUUGAAAAAAAACCUCGAGAAUCAACUGAUUCUAAGUCUGUUAAGCUCACUGGGGACAUAUAUCCUACAUGGUCAGAUGUAUAUGUAGUUCACUCAACUCUUCCACGUUUAGUUUCUGUUCGAGAUCAUGAUAAUGGAACUUGGUUUUGUCAAGAUCUAAUUGAAGUCUUGACCCAAUAUUACCGCACUUUAGAUCUUGAAACCAUGAUUCACAAAGUGAAUUCAAAGAUGUUUUUGAGGCUUUCCAAUUAUUGGAAAAAGCAAGUUCUUCAUUCUGAGGGCUUUGGAUUGAGAAAAAAAAUUAUGUUCAACUGCAAGGGAAAAUAAUUUUAUUUUUGUUUUGAGAACUAUGAAAACUGAAUUUUUUUUGACAGUUAUAUUUUUAUAUAUUAAAUUGUGUAUGUAUUGUUGAAUUAUUUAUUGAUAUUUUUACGAAAGUUGCAAUGCAUGAAAGUGAUACACAUGGGGUCAAUUAAAAUACAUAAUAUUUAUUAUGUAUUUUUUUACAUAUAUCUUCAAAAAAAAACCAAACUAUUAUUCAAAGAUAUACAUAAUGUUAUGCAAAAUUUUCUUUUUAUGUAAAAAUGUUUUCUACAAACCAUAAAUUAUGCAUGUAUUCUAUAUAUGGUGUAAUAACAUUUCAUACCAAUUUGUAAGUGCAAUAAGUCAUGGAUUUGAGUGGUUUCAUACUUAUUUUGAUAUAUUGACUCAGCAAAAUAUAUAUUAUGUAUUUUUAUAUUUGUUCAAAACUGAAAAUAUAUGCUGUAAAAUAUUUUACUUAAUGAUGUGUGAAAUUUUAUUUUUUUGAAGCAUAUUUUCAAC